AUGAUACACCAAAAAACUUUUGUUCCAGUUAAUGAUUUAUAUAUUGCAGACUUCAAUAUGGAUUUAAUUCGCAAUACGGGUUUGAGUAAACCGUUUCUCAUCAGGGAUCCAAUGCCCGAUCCGAAUAAGUUCAACGUCGAGAAUGUCAGAAAGCUGGUCGGUGGCAGCCGUAAUAUCGAAGUAAUAGAGGUUAGGUCCCAAGGAAGUCGACAGAUGUUACUUGAUGAUUUCAUUAAUUAUUAUAAGACAGACGUCAAAGAACGGAACGAGUUACUGAAUGUGCUCUCAUUAGAAUUUUCCCAUUGUCCUUUGGAAGAAUUGGUAAGCGCUCCUACUUUAAUCAGGAAAGUUGACUGGGUGGACGUGUUUUGGCCAAAAAAGUUGCAGUCUUUAGAUCCUGAUGCUGAUCCGACGUAUGGCCCUUUUAAAUUUCCGAAAGUGAAACAAUAUUGCCUGAUGAGUGUUAAAGACUGUUACACGGACUUUCACAUUGAUUUUGGAGGUACAUCCGUUUGGUACCACGUUCUGAAAGGCAAAAAGGUAUUUUGGAUGGUAGAGCCUACUGAAAAAAAUUUGGCCUUGUAUGAACAGUGGAUGAUGAACACUUCAGCUGGAGACUCACCGUUUUUUGGAAGUUUAGUGGGAAAAUGUUCUCGUAUUGAACUUUUAGCUGGGGAUACCUUUAUAAUUCCUUCAGGUUGGAUUCAUGGCGUCUACACUCCAGUCGACAGUUUAGUUUUUGGAGGAAACUUUUUACACAGUUUUUCAAUUCCUAUGCAGCUACGCGUAUUAAGAUGUGAAGAGAAAAUCAAAGUUACUAAAAAAUAUCGUUAUCCUCAUUAUAACGAAAUGUUAUGGUAUGUUGUUAAUGGCGUUGUUCAAUUUGCUUCCGGACGUUCACAUCUCAUUGAAACGGAUCUUGCUAAAGCUAGUCAGGAUGAGGUAUUUUUUUUCUGGUCAAUAUUUGCAUCUAUUUCUAAGUCGCCGAGAAUUUAUAAAGUUAACAGUAUAUUCUUAUGGAAUUUAGGAUACUUUAUUAAGACUUUUAUUUUCUUUAGUCUUGCUAUUUAUUUAUUCUGCUGGUAUUAUAAGCUCAGUUUUACCGAUUCUUUGUUACAUCACAGUGUUAUAAAACUUCUUUUUAAAGCAAAACAAAGCAAGAGUAAAAAUCGGAAAAAUGACGUCGGUGGACUACCUCCAGCAAUAAUGCCUGCAGACGCUCCUGUAGCUCCUAAUCCAUAUCAGUACGACCCUAUAGCAGCAGUAACUCCUUUAGGGCACAGACAGUUGCGAGCAGCGUAUCGUGUGACUCCCGAUAUGGCACAAGCCCCUCCGACUCAGAAAUUUCGAUUACAUCCCAUUCGGCAAACUACUAGUUCUCUUUCUGGUUCUGAAAAAAAUGAGGAAAAAACUGAACAGCCUGCAGGAACUGCUUGCGAAAAUUCAGUUUCUUCAACUUCGGAAUUGCCUCGGACCGAAAAUAUAAUUUCAUCGGACUUGACGGACAGGAAAGUGACUAAAAGGCAUGACUCAUCGAGUUCUGCCCCGACGAAGGAUCGUGGUUUACGUAAUAUGUCGCGCUCCGGUGAGUUGUAUAGUUAUUUUUACUGA